AUGAUUCGAGACUUCUCCGAGCUUAUUCGACGGUUGAGCUCACGGCAUGGUUUGCAUGCAUGGAGGACUAUUGCUUCCGUCUAUACUACAGAGUCGCAUAUGUUCAUCUGCCAUGGCCUACCGACUUACCUCAUCACUUCCCCAUCAGCCCGGUCGAACUUAAAACAUUGGCUUCGUCCCGAUUGGAGGGUUAGGGCUUUUGGCAUCGCCGCUUCCCCUUUCUUGUCUCCCCUCUCCUCUCCUCCACCUCCGCCCUCUCCUCUCCGGCUCCCCCUUGCCGACCAUUUGUGCCUCCCCGUCGACGGUGACCACGGCUACAUCACGCCCCCCGAUCGGCCGAUCCAACUCUCACCCGGGACGAGAUCAUCACGGCUACAUCACCCCGUCGACGCCCCCCUCCUUCUUGCUCGUCGGCUAGGGUUUUCAGAACCCACAACUGGUUCUUCCCCGAGCGAGGUUAAAGGAAACAACAAGGGGCAAUGCAAAAGCAAAGGGUCAAAGCAUACUGCUGGCUUUCUAUCUGAACGAGUACAAGUUCUUAUUCCGACUCCUUCCCGGUUGACAGAGUUGAAGUCAUUUAUGUCAGUCCAUUGGAAUCAUAUACUGACGACAUUUAUAUAUGUCUCUUGUAUUCUGGAAAGAGAGAUGCUGAAUGAAAAGCUUUCAGCAGAACACUUCCAUUGUUUUGUUUAUGCAUAUGACUGGAUGAGGCUCUAGCUUGUAUUUUUCUUUUAUUAUGAGCCAAUCAAUGUACCAAAUGUACCAGAUUAUUGGAAUGUGACCAGUGACCA